AAUAAUUGUGGGAAGCACUUUAUAACAUGGUUGUCGGUUGGAUUGAAAUAUUUGUUACAAAUGUAACUCACAUGUUUUGUUGUUUUUGUAAAAAAUGUAUGCUACUUUUUUAUGACACGCAAUUUUAAUGAGUGGAGGAUGCACGCACCACAGGAACAGCCAGGAGGGGCAAAUUAUGCCAGCAGCACCAGGUUCCCUCUCCCUGGUGAAGUACCAGCCAUUCGGUCAGACAGCUCCCACUCUCCCCAGUCCUCAGCGCUCUCCUGGCAGGCUGCAAUCCAUGCUGCCAAGCAGGCCCAGGCUGACCCCACCAUGAGCGCCAGCGGCACCGCCCCGGUCGGAUCUCUGUCCCAAAGAAAGCGCCAGCAGUAUGCCAAAAGCAAGAAGCAGAGCAGCACGGCCAACAGCAGGCCGCCCCGUGCCCUCUUCUGUCUCACUCUCAACAACCCUAUCAGGAGAGCCUGCAUUAGCCUAGUAGAAUGGAAGCCAUUUGAUAUCUUUAUAUUACUCUCUAUUUUUGCCAACUGCGUGGCCUUAGCUGUUUACGUUCCCUUCCCUGAAGACGACUCCAAUGCCACCAACCAUGACCUGGAAACAGUAGAAUAUGCCUUCCUUAUCAUUUUUACAAUUGAAACCUUUUUGAAGAUUAUAGCAUAUGGACUUGUCAUGCACCAGAAUGCAUAUGUGAGAAACGGCUGGAACAUGCUGGAUUUUGUAAUUGUAGUAGUAGGGUUAUUUAGCGUCAUAUUGGAAGUAUUAACCAAAGAGGGAGAUGCAGGGAGCCACCAGUCAGGAGGGAAGCCAGGUGGCUUUGAUGUCAAAGCCCUUCGAGCCUUCCGAGUGCUGCGCCCUCUCCGCCUGGUGUCAGGAGUGCCCAGUUUACAAGUAGUUUUGAAUUCCAUUAUAAAAGCCAUGGUCCCCCUCCUCCACAUCGCCCUGUUGGUUUUAUUUGUAAUCAUAAUUUAUGCCAUUAUAGGAUUGGAGCUCUUCAUCGGAAAAAUGCAUGCAACAUGUUACAUUCCUGGCACAAACACAAUAGCUGAAGAAGAACCAACACCAUGUGCAAUCUCAGGUCACGGGCGCCAAUGCCCCAGCAAUGGUACUGUAUGCAAAGAAGGCUGGCACGGCCCCAACGGAGGCAUCACCAACUUUGACAACUUCGCCUUUGCUAUGCUCACAGUAUUCCAGUGCAUCACCAUGGAAGGGUGGACUGACGUGCUGUACUGGAUGAACGACGCCAUGGGCUUCGAACUGCCGUGGGUCUACUUCGUCAGCCUGGUCAUCUUUGGGUCCUUCUUUGUGCUGAACCUGGUUUUGGGUGUGUUGAGCGGAGAGUUCUCCAAAGAGAGGGAGAAAGCCAAGGCCCGCGGAGACUUCCAGAAGCUGAGAGAGAAACAGCAGCUGGAGGAAGACCUGAAGGGCUACCUGGACUGGAUCACCCAGGCUGAGGACAUCGACCCAGAGAACGACGAGGAGGGAGACGAGGAAGGCAAGCGCAACCCGAGCAUGCAGGCCAGCGAGACGGAGUCGGUGAACACGGAGAACGCGAAUGGGGAGGACGAGAAAGUGCCCUGCUGCGGCCCUCUCUGUCAAAAAAUUACAAAGUCAAAGUUCAGUCGGCGCUGGCGUCGCUGGAACAGGUUCUGCCGCCGAAAAUGCAGGGCAGCCGUGAAAUCCGUUUCUUUCUAUUGGCUGGUGAUCAUCCUGGUGUUCCUCAACACGCUGACCAUCUCCUCAGAGCACUACAACCAGCCGGACUGGCUCACAGAAGUGCAGGAUGUGGCCAACAAGGUCCUGCUGGCGAUGUUCACCUGUGAGAUGCUGAUUAAGAUGUACAGCCUCGGCCUGCAGGCCUACUUUGUCUCCCUCUUCAACCGCUUCGACUGCUUUGUGGUGUGUGGAGGCAUCAUCGAGACCAUCCUGGUGGAGCUGGAGAUCAUGUCUCCGCUGGGCAUCUCUGUGUUCCGCUGUGUCCGCCUGCUAAGAAUCUUCAAAGUCACACGCCACUGGGCAUCUCUCAGCAACCUGGUGGCCUCCCUGCUCAACUCCAUGAAGUCCAUCGCCUCCCUGCUGCUCCUGCUCUUCCUCUUCAUCAUCAUCUUCUCGCUGCUGGGCAUGCAGCUGUUUGGGGGCAAGUUCAACUUCGACGAGACGCAAACCAAAAGGAGCACCUUCGACAACUUCCCCCAAGCGCUGCUCACUGUGUUUCAGAUUUUGACAGGCGAAGACUGGAACACUGUCAUGUAUGACGGCAUCAUGGCGUAUGGCGGCCCAUUCUCCACGGGAAUGAUCGUCUGCGUGUACUUCAUAAUCCUCUUCAUCUGCGGAAACUACAUCCUGUUAAACGUCUUCUUGGCUAUCGCCGUGGACAACCUGGCUGAUGCGGAGAGCCUGAACACAGCACAGCAAGAGGAGGCAGAGGAGAAGGAGAGGAGGAAGAGCGGCAGAAGCGGCAGUGUAGACAGAAAGGACGACAGUAGAGGAGAGGGGAGAGAAGGUGACGCCAAGGUCAUGGGAGAGUUGCGGUUGGAAGAAGAGGAGAAAGACCCCUACCCCCCCGGAGAUGUUCCAGGAGAGGAGGAUGAGGAUGAGCCAGAGAUUCCAGUUGGACCCCGGCCCCGCAGGCUUUCUGAGCUUAACAUUAAGGAAAAGAUCACACCCAUUCCGGAAGGCAGCGCUUUCUUCAUAUUCAGCAACACCAACCCAAUUCGGGUUGCGUGUCACAGGCUGAUAAACCACCAUAUUUUCACCAACCUCAUCCUGGUCUUCAUCAUGCUCAGCAGUGUCUCCCUCGCUGCAGAAGAUCCCAUCCGCAACUUCUCUGCCCGCAACAUUAUACUUGGUUACUUUGACUAUGCGUUCACGGCAAUCUUUACUGUUGAGAUCCUGUUAAAGAUGACUGCAUUUGGGGCUUUCCUCCACAAAGGUGCUUUCUGCAGAAACUACUUCAACCUUUUGGACCUGCUGGUAGUGGGAGUCUCGCUGGUAUCUUUCGGCAUUCAGUCAUCAGCAAUCUCAGUGGUGAAGAUUUUGAGAGUCCUGCGAGUGCUCAGGCCCCUGAGGGCCAUCAACCGGGCCAAGGGCCUCAAGCACGUGGUUCAGUGUGUGUUUGUGGCCAUCAGGACUAUCGGGAACAUCAUGAUUGUCACCACACUGCUGCAGUUCAUGUUUGCCUGCAUUGGAGUUCAGCUAUUUAAGGGGAAGUUCUACCGCUGCACAGAUGAGGCCAAGUCCAGUCCUGAGGAAUGCAAAGGGACAUAUAUCCUGUACAAGGAUGGGGACGUCAUGCUGCCAACCGUCAGAGAGCGGGUGUGGUACAACAGCGACUUCAACUUCGACAACGUCCUGAUGGCCAUGAUGGCUCUCUUCACCGUGUCCACCUUUGAAGGCUGGCCAACACUGCUGUAUAAGGCCAUUGACUCCAACCGAGAGAACAUGGGCCCCAUCUACAACUACCGUGUGGAGAUCUCCAUCUUCUUCAUCAUCUACAUCAUCAUCAUCGCCUUCUUCAUGAUGAACAUCUUCGUGGGUUUUGUCAUUGUCACCUUCCAGGAGCAGGGAGAGAAAGAGUACAAGAACUGCGAGCUGGACAAAAACCAGCGGCAGUGUGUGGAGUAUGCCCUGAAGGCACGGCCUCUACGUAGGUAUAUUCCUAAGAAUCCCUACCAGUACAAGUUCUGGUAUGUGGUUAACUCCACGGGCUUUGAGUACAUCAUGUUCGUACUCAUCAUACUCAACACACUGUGCCUGGCUAUACAGCACUAUGGCCAGUCCCCUCUGUUUAACUACGCCAUGGACAUCCUCAACAUGGUCUUCACUGGGGUCUUCACUGUGGAAAUGCUCCUCAAAUUAAUUGCCUUCAAACCGAGGCACUAUUUUGCUGAUGCAUGGAACACUUUUGAUGCCUUAAUUGUUGUUGGUAGCGUCGUUGACAUUGCUAUCACCGAAAUCAAUAACACAGAGGACAGCGCUAGGAUCUCCAUCACCUUUUUCCGCCUGUUCCGGGUCAUGCGAUUGGUUAAGCUGCUGAGCAGAGGGGAGGGCAUUCGCACGCUCCUGUGGACCUUCAUAAAGUCCUUUCAGGCUUUGCCAUAUGUUGCUUUGCUGAUAGCCAUGCUAUUCUUCAUCUAUGCUGUUAUUGGGAUGCAGGUGUUUGGUAAAAUUGCCAUGGUGGACGGUACCCACAUCAACCGAAACAACAACUUCCAGACUUUUCCUCAGGCGGUCCUCCUGCUUUUUAGGUGUGCCACAGGUGAGGCAUGGCAGGAGAUCAUGUUGGCGUGUUUGCCAGGAAAGCUCUGUGAUGCAGAGUCAGAUUACAACCCUGGUGAAGAGCGAACCUGUGGAAGCGGCUUUGCAAUCAUCUACUUCAUCAGCUUCUACAUGCUGUGCGCCUUCCUGAUCAUUAACUUGUUUGUUGCUGUUAUCAUGGACAACUUUGACUAUCUAACACGUGAUUGGUCAAUUCUUGGCCCCCAUCAUUUGGAUGAGUUCAAGAGGAUCUGGUCAGAGUAUGACCCAGAGGCAAAGGGCAGAAUAAAGCAUCUGGAUGUGGUGACCCUGCUGCGCCGUAUCCAGCCCCCUCUGGGCUUUGGCAAGCUGUGUCCCCACAGAGUGGCCUGCAAGAGGUUAGUUGCCAUGAACAUGCCUUUGAACAGUGAUGGCACGGUCAUGUUCAACGCAACCCUGUUUGCGCUGGUCCGGACAGCUCUGAAGAUCAAAACUGAAGGGAACCUGGAGCAAGCCAAUGAGGAGCUCCGAGCCGUCAUUAAGAAGAUCUGGAAGAGGACCAGCAUGAAGCUUCUGGACCAAGUGGUGCCCCCUGCUGGUGAUGAUGAGGUGACCGUGGGGAAGUUCUAUGCCACCUUCCUGAUACAGGACUACUUUAGGAAAUUCAAGAAACGCAAGGAGCAGGGCCUGGUGGGCCGACACCCGUCCAAAAACACCACCAUCGCACUGCAGGCCGGUCUCCGCACGCUGCAUGAUAUUGGGCCCGAAAUUCGACGAGCGAUAUCAUGUGACCUGCAAGACGAGGAGCUUGUAGACUUUAACCCUGACGAUGACGAGGAGAUUUAUAGGAGGAAUGGUGGCCUAUUUGGCAAUCACGUAAAUCACUUCAGCGGAGAAAGAAGGGGCUCUGUCCACCAAACCAAUGCCACUCAGCGCCCCCUGCAGGUUCAGCCUCCCCCCAGCUUUGCCCCCCCGGUAGACCACGACAGGUUUAACAGGACGGCGAACUUCAUGCCCCACAACCACCUCAACCACCACCACAACUCCUACACCAAGUCACCAAAGUCCACCAACGCCAACCUCAACAACGCCAACGCGUCCAGCGUCCCCAACGGGAAGCGCCGUCGCCACCACGACUGCGCCCCUGCCAACGGGUACCCCUCCAAAGGCUCCUACUUCAAGAGUGACCAUGACAAGCAGAGAAAACCACACGGGAGGAGGACACGCUACUAUGAGACCUAUGUUAGGUCGGACAGUGGCGCCAGUCAGCACCCUAUCAUCUGCAGAGAGGACCCACAUAGCGGUGACGAGGACCGCUAUUCAGGAGGCGACAGUGAGGAGGAGUUCUAUGAGGAUGACAUCAUGCUGUCACCAGCCAGGAGGUCACAAAAGGAGCAUCAGGAGACGUAUACCAACAGUGAGCCCGAUAAUGAAAGCUACCAUCAGCCUGAAGUUUUCUACAACGAUGAGCUACCCAUCUGCCAUGAGUCGCGGAAGUCGCCAAAGAGACGGCUGCUUCCCUCCACACCUCAAACACAUCAGAGGCCGUCCUUCAAUUUUGAGUGUCUGCGCAGACACAGCAGUCAAGAGGAUAUCCCACUGUCGCCUGGUCUGCACCAGCGCACUGCGCUACCUCUGCACCUGAUGCAACACCAGGUGAUGGCCGUUGCUGGUCUCGACUCAAGUCUGGCCCAGAAGCUCUCGCCGACCCGCUCCACACGCUCCUGGGCCACACCCCCCACCACGCCCACCAGCAGGGACCGCUCCCCCUACUACACCCCCCUUAUCCAGGUGGACAGGCCCCGUCGAGAGAGCAUAAGCAGCAGCCAGUCAUCAUUGAGAAAGAACUCCUGGUAUACAGAUGAGGCAGACUACCCUCAGAGGAUGUACACACCGGCACACCUGCAGGUCCCUGCCGAAUUUCGCCACCAGUACCACCAGAAGCGGGGAAGUGCCACCAGUCUGGUGGAGGCGGUGCUAAUAUCAGAGGGACUGGGGAGGUAUGCGAAGGACCCGCGCUUUGUCGCGGCGACAAAGCACGAGAUCGCAGACGCCUGCGAGAUGACCAUCGACGAAAUGGAAAGCGCCGCGAGCAACAUCCUGAACGGCAGCAUGUCGCCCAUGGACAGCGGGGACAUGUUCCCCAUUCUCAGACCAAGGGAGCUCGAGCAGCAGGACUACUCCGCUGGCUACAGCGACGAGGAACCAGAGCCUGGCAGGAAGUACGAGGAGGACUUAGCAGAUGAAAUGAUAUGCAUUACGACUCUAUAGCAUCUGCUAAAAGACAAAACAGACAGGCAAACUACGAAAAUGCCAACACAAAUGCAUCUGUUGGCUAAUUAACAAAAGAAGUGCCUUCAUUUAAUGGAAUAUUAAAGGCACUCCUGGCUGGAUGAGGACAGGGUGGGGCUGAGGGCUUGAGGGAUGCCCUGGAGCACCGGAUGCAGAGGGCAAGAACCUGUUCAGCCGUGCAAAGCCCCGCCCUUCAGCAUUGAACCUUUUCCAAGGAAAACCUGUGGCGAGAGACAUGUGGCUUCCGAGCAGGGGAAAUCAGAAAUACAGGGGAAACUGUUACGUGCACUCUUAGGCAAGGCAGGGUGUUACGGGUGAUGACAAUCAAACAAUAAGGUAGCGUCAUUACCUCAGUCAAUUUUGUUCCGCACUGGCAUAUCAAGCAAACGACUUUCCAUCGAAAAAAGCAAGAGAAGCAUAUCCCCCCCCCCUUAUGGUUGGGAUGUUAAGUGAAUAUUUGCAGAAAAAAAAUGUUGGUACUAAUUUCCCACCAAUAACAGAAAACAAGAACAAAAGAAGUUAAAAACACACUGGUUUACAUAAAGAUAUCAGUGACAGUUUUUGUAUUAUCAAACCAGAAUUUGUUUAUGUGGCUGUCUUAAAAUGGAGCUGAACCAUGGAAACAAUAAAAGCAUUCGUAAUGCAGGUAAAUGCACUAAAC